AUGGCCCGAAGAACUCAACGGACCAAGCCACCCGAGGAUGUGACUGAUCACGCACCAUCAUUCGACUGGGAAUUGGCUACCCGGACUGGACUUGCUGUAUUGAUCCAGGAAUUUUUGCAAUACACGCACUCGGACGCGAGUGGUGUGGACUUGUUCGUGUGUCAGGGAUGGGCACGUUUGUUUAGGAUCCAGGAGCCUGUUUAUCGGGAAUUUUUGCUGGAGUUUUACGCUACCGUUUCCUAUGAUCCUAGGAAGGCACCCGAUGACGGGACAACCUUUGCCUUCAGACUGGGGGGAGUGAGCCGGGAAUGCAGCGUGAUAGAGCUUGCGAUUCGAGUGGGUAUUUACAUAGCCGAUGAGAUGAGGAGUGUCCACUUCUCGGCAUUCCUUGCUGAUUGUCUUACGGAGCGGCCAAAUGAUUAUAACGAAAACACUUUUUGGGCCGAGAUUACAGGGGGAGUUUAUACACCAUCGACCGCACGAGGAAGGAUGAUUCGGUCUACUACCUACAGACUGCUGCACCGUUUGAUUUCUAUGUCUCUCACGCACCACAAGAAUAGUGAGAGAGUGCCUUCGACAGACUUAUAUUUCCUAUGA